UCUCUGCCCCAUACAGAACAGCAGUACUUUGACAUUGAAAAGAGACUGUCCGAGAGUCAGGAACAGAUCCUGUCUUCCACCAGAGACCUGCAGACACUCAAGGAGGAAAAUAAAAAACUCAAUGAAGAGCUGAGCACACUGAAGGGGAUAGAGGGAGAGACCCUUGAAGAUAAACCACCACAACAGCAAACCAAGGCCAAGUAUGAGAUCGAGGCAGAGAAGAGAGAGCUGGCGCGGCUGCUGGAGAAGAGAACGCAGGAGGCGGAGAACCUCUCUGAGGAUGUGAAGCGUCUGAAUGAGAAGCUGACAGAGACCAGCAAAGUGAAGAUGGAGCUGCAGCUAAAACUGGAUGGUAUACAGUCCUCUGAGGCUUCUCUACAGCACCGAGAGAAGCGUAUGGAGCAGGAGAAAGAGUUGCAGACAAAGAAGAUCAAGUGGUUAACUGAACAACUGAAGACCAAAACUGAAGAACUGCUGAACACCACCAGAGAGAAAGGCAAAGAUAUUCUGCAGCUACAGGGUGGUCUGAAGAACGGCAAGGAGCAGGUGACCAGACUGGACAGACAGCUGACCUCUCUGAAGCAAACCAGUGAGAGCCAGGGUAGAAGAGCCGAAGACCUCAACAACAAACUGAAACAGUCUAAAGACGAGCUCAGUGCCAUGGAGGAGAAAUACCGCAACGAGCUCAACGCUCAUGUCAAGUUGUCUUCCCUCUACAAGGUGAGAACGGCUACUAUGGAGACAAAAAAUCAAGAACUGAGCAGAGCCGUGCAAGAGCUCAGCAAGCUGGUUAAAGACAGCGGGGAAGCCAAUAAGGCUCUAGAAAAGAAGGUGUCGGAGGGAGAAGAACUAAAGACCCGGCUUGAGGCAGAGCUUAGAGAGAAGGUCAAGAAAAUGGAGAAAGAGCUAGAAAACGCCACGAUGAAGGCUGCUGGAAAACGAUGCUGUGUGCCCUCUCUGACUGACGAGCAGUUGGACGCCAUGUGUCCAUCAGCAGCCGCCAUCGCUGCCAUCGUCAAGCCCGGCAUGAAGUUCUUUGAUCUGUAUAAUGCGUAUGCAGAGUGUCAGACGCAUCUUCAGCUGGAGAAGCAGGAGACCAGGAGAGUGAGCAGAGUUCUGGAUGAGAUCGUUCAGGAGGUUGAGUCCAAGGCUCCUGUCCUCAAGCGGCAGAGAGAGGAGUACGAGAGCAUGCAGAGAUCCAUGGCCUCCCUGUGCAACAAGCUGGAACAGGCUCGAACGGAGAUCUACUCUUUGCAGAAAGAGAAAGAAGAGGCUAAGCAGUGCUGUGAUGCCAUGGAGAGAGACAAACUGAGGACAGAGAGACAGCUGGAGGAUACAUCAGCACAGGUAUGUACUCUUCUGGUGGAGCUGGAGGAAGCCAGAGGUAAUAAGGUGACUAAGGACGAUGGCAGCUCCGCCAACAUCUCCAGCACCUCUGAGGUCAUCAGUCCACGCCAGCUGUCCUUCCGCAGUGUGGAGCAGCUGCAGAGGCAGAACCAAAGCCUGCUGGGGAGGGUGAGGGAGCUGGAGGAGGAAAAGGACAGACAGAAGAGCCAAGUGACAUCAGCACGUGUGUCAGAGUUGGAGGCCAGCGUGGAUAAGCUUCAGAAGGAGGUGGAGCAGCUGAGAGAGCAGAGGAACCAGCAGAAACAGCUUGCCGAAUCCAACGCCAGACAGAGAGACAUGUACAAGGCCCUGCUGACACAGAGCACCGGCUUCAGCCUACCCCCUCAAGGUCUGGAUUCUUCAUCCCAGCCUGCACCUGUUAAGCCGUCAGUCCCAGCUACUCGCUCUACUCCUCAGAGAGCUGCUGCUGCUGAGUCAGCACAAACCAUUCAGACUAAAGCUGCUUUAAAACAGCUGAAUGACGCCUUCAGUCUGUAUAAGAAGGAGAAGGCAGAGAACGACAGGAUGUUGAAUGAAACAAACGACAGACUGCAGAGACAGCUGACAGAUCUCCGCUCCAGCCACACCAAGCUCACCUCUCAACUUGAGUUCAGCAGCAAGAGGUACGAGAUGCUCCAGGAAACGGUAUCAGCCUACCGCAGAGAGAUCUCCGCCCUACAGGAUAGGAACCAAAAGAUGUCUGCUACGGCCCAACGACAUGAACAGAUCAUACACACAAUGAGCCAGGACCUGAGACAGGCUAACGAAAAACUGGCGCUGGAAGAGGUGCGCGUCGAGAACUUGACUAAAGAGAAAGACAUUUUGAGACAAGCAGAGAGUCGACUCAAUCGAGAGAAGGAAGCCGUGCUGGCUGAGCAACGUAACCAGAACCUGCUGCUCACCAACCUCAAGACCAUACAGUUGAAUAUGGAGCGUACAGAGACAGAGACUCGCCAGCGGCUGAACAGCAAGAUGGAGAAUCUGGAGGCAGAACUGGUUUUAAUGAAGACCAGGCAGGACCAGGAAGUAGCGCAAAGACAUGCGCUUGGGCGCACCAUGGAUGUUCAGUUAUUAGAAGCUAAGAAACAGCUAGAGACCCAGAACACCUUGCAGCAGAAGACCAGAGAGUUGUUGCGUGGCGCUGAACAGCAGGUGGCAGCACUGAAAGCCCAGCUGGCUUCUGCUUCAUCCUCUGAGGCUGUCACCACCUCCAGCAGCAUGACCACCGCAGCUACCAGAGCUGCAGGCCUCCGAGCACCACUGAGAGUACGCUCUCCAGUGCCAGCAGCCUCACAGCAGCUCAGCCAAUCGGAGCAGGAGAUUGCAGAGGUGAAAAGUCUCCUGCGUACUGCCGAGGAACUAAACGGUGAAAUAGCAGAGCAGCUAAAGAAUGCUAAUGCUACUGUCGAGCAGUACAGGGCUGUGGUACUGACUCUGGAAGACAGCCUGAAGAAGGAAAAGGAGUCUCGCUCUCCUUUGGAGCUCCGGCUGAAGGAGUCCGAGGAAGUGCAGAAGCAGCUGGAGAAGGCGAUUUUAGAGGCGGAGAAAAUGAAGCAGCAGGAAAGAGAAGAGAGAAGAAAGGCUGUGGAUGCUGUGGAAAAACAAGUGUGUGAAGUGCAGCGCAGUCUGAAGUCCAGCCAGGCAGAGCAGCAGGAGGCGCUGGAGAGAGCUGCCACUGCUGUUACACUGGAGCAGAAGGCCGUACAGGACAGCCUGCUGCAGACUAAGCUAGCUGGAGAGGCGCAGGCUAAGUAUGAGCGAGAGCUCAUGCUUCAUGCUGCUGACGUGGAGGCUCUGCAGGAGCUGAAGAAAAGAUCCCAGCAAGGUGUAGCACAGAAUAGGGAGCUGGAGGAGCAACUGAACAAGAUCUCGUCCCUCCUGCAGGAGAAAACUGUAGCUUUGAACACAGUGGAGAGACAGCUGAAGGAGGAUCUGUCCACUCAGAGUCGUCGCUGUGUGGAGCUGGGGAAGCAGAAUACUCUCCUGCACCAACAGAUGGAUGAAAUGGCCACCAAGAGCAGUCGGAUGCAGAAACAGCAGCAGCAGCUGCUUGACCUGUCGUUCACUGAGGAGGGGAAGACCACUGAACAGAUACUAGAAAUACUACGGUUUGUGCGGCGUGAGAAAGAGAUUGCUGUGGCUUGUGGUGAGGCGUCUGGUGAAGAAGCUCUUCGCUACAAACAGCGAGUGGAACACCAAGACAGAGAACUGAAGGAGCUGCAGGAAGCGCUGAACUCUGAGAGGGAGAACAUGCAGGCCACAGCGAAGACUCUGGCCCUGCAGGAGGAGCAGCUGAAGAAGAUGGAGACCAUCGGCGCUCUCCAAGAUGCCAACAGGAUGCUGAAAAUGGAGCGCGAGAGACUGGAACAAGAGCUGCUGCAAGCUCAGGCUAAAGUUAAAAAGCUACAGUCAGACAUCAGCCCACUACAUCAAUCUUUGUCCCUGCUGUCAGAGAAAAAUGGCUCCAUGCAGGCGGAUAAGAGGAUACUGGAGGAAGACCUCAAACGCUGGAAGGCCAAAACACAGCAACUGGUCAGCCAACAGAAAGACGGCGACGUUGAGGAGAGACAGAAACUGGCCACUGAGAGAGAAGCUCAGCAGAGACGCAUCACACAGCUCGCUGAAGAGACGGGCAAGCUGAAGACUGAACUGGCCAGAUCCAGCGCCAGCAGUAACUCCGCUCAGUCUCAGCUGCAAGCCCUCAGAGACUCUGUGGCCCGUCUGACGUCGGAGAGAGACGGUCUGAAGAAAGACCUGGAAACAAAAAACAGCGACAUUUUGGAGAAGAACAGGACCAUCACCCAGGUCAAGAAGAUAGGACGACGCUACAAGACCCAGUAUGAGGAGCUCAAAGCGCUGCAUGACAAGCUGGUUGUGGAUACUGCUGCUAAAGCUGGAAGUGAGGCAGGUCCGAGCCACGAGGUGCAGCAGGAUCUGACUAAAGCCCAGGAGGAGCUCAACACACUGAAAGAGGAGAUGCAGAAAAAAGUGGAAGAGGCCCAGAAGUCCCAGCAGGAGCUGGAGGAGGCCAAGAAGGAAAACCAGCAGACCAAAGACAAGCUCCAGGAGGUCCAAAACCAGCUGACACAGAAACAGAACCAGCUGACACAGGUCCAGUCCCAGUUUUCCCAGACUCAGACUCAACAGCAGCAGAAUCAGAACCAGCUGACCCAGAGUCAGAAAGAGCUUCAGCAAGCCAAGACCCACAGCCAGCAGGUACAGAACCAGUUAAAAUCAGCUCAGUCUCAAGCUCAGGCCCGGCAGAACCAGAUCCAGCAGAUCCAGAGGGAGCUCCUCCAGGCUAAAGAAGCCCUCCAGCAGAACCUGGCUAAUCAGAAAGAGCUACAGCAGACCAACCAAAGCAGUCAACAGAGCCACAACCAGGAAGUCAGUAACAUCAAGACUGCUCUCAGCCAAGCCGAGAGCAAGGUGACUGAGUUUCAGGGCCGCCUGGACAGCCAGCAGAAGAUGGUUGGUGAGCGUGAAGCAGACAUCAAGCGUCUGCAGGAGCAGCUAACUGAAGCUAACCAGGCUAAUGAAGCUAGCCGAGCCACGCAGGCCAACCAGAACCAGAGUUCCCAGUCCAUCCAGGCCGGUGAUUCAAACGUUGCUAGUGACGCUAACCAGGCACAACAAGAGGAGCUGACAAAACUCAGACAAGAGCUGUCUGAGAGCAAGAACAGAGAGGAGCAGCUCAAAAAGCAGAUUUCUGAAAAAGAGGAAAAGACUAAGAAGGUCUUCAUGGGAGCCAAGACCAAAAUCAACCAACUAAACGGUGCUAAGGAGCAGCUCAGUCAGGAGAUAGAGCAGAUGAAACAGAGUAAGGAGGAGCUGGAGGUGAGAAUGAACGCCCUCAAGUCUCAGUAUGAAGGACGAUUUCUUCGGCUGGACAGAGAGCUGAGAGAACUGAGAGAGACGCAAUCACAGUCUGAUGCCCGAGAGGAACCACAGGACCAGAGUGGAGCUAAGGUGGGGGAUCAGGCCAGAUCUGCAGACCAGAGGCAGAUCUCUUUGAAAAGUCCUGCCCAAGACCGGGGAAGCUCCAGCCUGUCUGACCCUCCCACCGCUAACAUCCGUCCCACUACAAGUACUCCAUCUCCUAGCAACAAGCCAAGCCCCUCCCCUGGUAGCAAGGCUACACCCCGUGCCAGCGUCCGGCCAAUGGUUACCCCGGCAACUGUCCCCAUCCCAACACCUACUGCUACUGUGAUGCCAACCACACAGACUGACAGCCAAGAGGUGCUGAUGACAGCAGGAGCCGUUGUACACUCUACCAGCUCCAGUCUGGUGAACACACCCACAUCAAUAACUCAGCCAACCAGCACCCAGGCCACAGCUUUUGUCCAGCCCACCCAGCAGCAGGCAGCCAAUCAGGACUCAGGCCUCAGUAUGGAGGCAGAGCGACCAUCAACAUCCUCCUCCCUGAGUGGAACAGCGGGUUCAAAGCGAAGCAGAGAGGACGAGGAAGAGGAGAACAGACCAGAGAGUUCACACACACCUCCGACCUCUAAAAAGCUACGACUAAAACCAACGAUGGCACUGCAGUUGGAAGGGGAUGAAGAGAUUGAAGGAGAGCUGAGGGACGAGGGGGAACGGCAGGAUUCACCAGAUGACAGUCAGGAGCUUCCAGACGAUUGUUUCCCAGUUUUAGCUGAAGAUGACGAGGACAUGGAGAGAGUGUCCCAGUCUGUCCCCUCUGAUAUGAUGUCCUCUCAGGGCUCCGCUAUCAUUCGGGAUGUCAUUGUGAUCGACACGGACAGUGAGAGCCGUGAGAGCAAAGAGGGGGAGGAGAAGCAGGAGGACGAAGAGGAAGAUGAGGAGGAGGAGGAAGAAGAAGAAGAUGAAGAAGAAGAAGAAGAAGAAGAGGGGUAUAAGGAGGAAGAGGAUGAUGAUGAUGAAGAUGAUGGAGACAGCGGGAUGAGGGGAGGAGAGGAGAGUAAUGAAGAGAGCAGGGAGGCAGAGGAGGAGGGAGGGGAGGAUGAGCCGUCAGAAGCUGCCAGCGCUGAGGAGAAUGUGUGUGGAGCGUCUUCAGACUCGCAGCAGCGUCCCUCUGAGCCGUCCCACAGCAAUGAAGGCAGCAGCAGCGCCACAUCAGAGGCCGAGCCCCCCAGAGAGCCUGUAUACUUCCCACCAACCUCCUCCUCCUCCCUCACACCCCGCCUGCCCCACCCACGCAGGCCCCCACACCCGCUCCCACCACGACUCUACAUCCAACCUCCAGCUCCGGAGCUGGGACCCCCACACACACAGAGACAGUCCUCUCAGCUGCGCAGACCAUCAGUAGGACGCGGACCUCAACUAACCCCUGGAAUAGGCAGUAUGCAACAUUUCUUUGAUGAUGACGACAGGAUGGUUCCCAGUACUCCCACUCUGGUAGUCCCACACCGCACUGAUGGCUUUGCUGAGGCUAUACAUUCUCCUCAGGUAGCAGGUCUGUCCACCAGGUUCAGGUUUGGACCUCCAGAAGACCUGCUGCCUCAGACAUCAGCCUCACACUCUGACCUGGGACAACUGGCCUCUCAAGGAGGUCUCGGGAUGUAUGAGUCUCCUCUGUUCCUGGCUGCUCAUGAUGAAGACGGAGGAGGAAGGAGCGUCCCCACCACACCUUUACAAGUGGCUGCACCAGUGACCGUCUUCACAGAGUCUCUGCCCUCAGACAGUGGUGACAACAUGGCAUCCCAGUCGGUUCCCAUGGUAACCACCUCCACCGGGAUGGCUUCUGCUGCAGAUGACGGAGAUGAAGUCUUCAUGGACCAGGAAGGAGACGGUCCUGGUAUUGAAUCUUCUUUGGAGAGCCAGACAGACAUGGAGUCAACAGGACAGCAGAGUGACUAUGCAUCACUGCCAUCUACCAGCCAAGACCCGGACACCAGCAGUGCUGCUCAGCGGCGCACAGUGACCAGUCUGAUGAGCAGCCUGUCAGGCAGAGGAACCAGAGGAGGCAGGAUGGAGGCCCGGACGUUACUCAGCCGCAGAGGUACUUUCUCUCGAGGAGGAAGGGGAGGAGCCAUGGGCAGAGGGGGCUUGGCCUAAUGAUGAUGUCACCAGUAGUCAUCUCCUCCCAUAUUGAAAUGAAAAGACGACGCUUAUCCCCGGAUUCUUAUUUUUGUUGACUUUUGAGACAUUCAGUUUUCUCAAUGAAUCUUCUGUCCAAUCCAAUAAUCACACUAUUACACAAGACAUAGAGCUUUGUACGUGCACGGUCCUUCCUCUGAGAAAUGUACGCUCACAUUGUGAAGUCCAGUGCGUUUUUAGUUGUGUGUAUUCAUGACAGCAUUGUCAUUUUGUUAGUAUCUUCAUUUUGCUCUGUCUUUAGGCUGUCAAUACACGUUUUAAUAAUAAAGAUGAAUAAUGAGAA